AUGAGCGAUACAAACCCACAGCUACGGCGCAUCGGCGCCGGAUUCUGCGGCACUGUCUGGGCAGCAGGGGAUCAUGGCUCAGCCUUCAAACGCGAGGACGGAGGCCCAGACAGGUCGUUGCUAAACGACUACACCAUGCACCAGCAUCUACAGAAUCACAAACCCUCGAUGCCCCAAAUCCAAAUACCCAUAUGCUACGAGCUCCUCACCCCGUCAAGUGCAUGGUGGCACGACAACCUCGAUCGAUUCCCACACGGGUACCAGCCAUGCAACAUGAUCCACGCACAGCGAAUCCCUCCCAUCUUGGCGAAUACCAGACAGCUCAUAACCGAACGGUAUUGUCCCGCACAGCUAGUCGCGGAGAUCAUGGACAGCGAGACAAAUAGAGACUGCCUUAUCCGGCCGUACUUGGGUCGACGGCGACACCACACCCGGAAGAGAGCGUCGAGAUUCCAAGCAUUUUCUCUACGCAACUACCCCUUACACGUGGACCAGAUGGAGGAACUUGGGAUUCCGGAAAGCGACAUCACCGGCUAUGCACAGAGUAUGGCGGAAGCUCUGGCUGUCAUGCACUGGGACGCCGAGGUCGAUGGGAACGACGUGGAGUUUGUUCUUGCCGCACCGAAUGACAUCAAUUCAACGCAGCCGCAAGGGCAAUGGUGCAAUAUCCUGGGCCAGCAUUCAAUCUGGAUACUUGAUUUUGACCUAGUUCGCAGAAUGGACAUGGACGAACAGGGCGUUGAGCAGGCUGUUAGGGCGUUUUGGAAGAACGACCCUUUCUGCCCUCGCCCUGAUGGUUCGGAUAGAUGGAAGGCAUUUCGAGAGCAGUAUAUGCAAACAAGCAAGAUGUGUAUCGAGAGGAAGACUGGGACUGGUUAUGGAGAUUUGCACACCCUACCUGACUUGUUCAUUCGCUCGGUGGAACAACUGGGGCAACAGGCAGUGGCGCAUUCGCCCUAA